AUGUCCAACCUGCACAUGGGCGACGACGACGGAGAGUUUGAAGAAUCUAUGCGCAAAGUCAAUCUCAUAGGUGGUAUUAUUAAGGAUAUGAGUUCACAGAAUGAAGCCAAGUCGAGAAUAGGCAUGCUUAGGGCAGAAGAGUUGCUUGGCGACGGUGAAAAAACUUGGGACGAGAGUUCACUGAAAACUGUGCAAAACGGUACGACAAUAAAUCGUAGGGCUUUCGAAGACCUAGGCAAACCCAAAGAUGAAAUACCCUCAGAUGCUGCCGGAUUUAUGGCACACGUAGAAAGAGACGCAAAACAGAGGUCCGAAGCUAAGAAAAAGGAAAUAAAACGUUCAGACUAUUUGAAAACGAUGGGCAACUGUGAGUACCGCAAAGGGAACUAUGAAAAAGCUCUCAUCUACUACAAUCAAGCCAUCGACGUGCGCAAAGAUAGCUGCGUGCUGUUCACCAACCGGGCGCUGACCAAGAUCAAUUUGGGUCUGAUGGACGAAGUCGUCAGCGAUUGCGAUCGAGCGUUGCGCCUCAACGAUCGAUCGCUGAACGCCGUCCUUUACAAGGCUGAAGCAUUAUGGGGGUUGGACGAUACCAGAGCUGCCGAGGAUUUGCUACAGACCGCACUCAAAACUCACCCCGAUCAGACGAAACGCAUACAAGACUACCGAAAUAAACUGAGCUGCAGUCGUUAA